GUUUCAGGUGAGCUUGAGUCAAUGGCUGGAGUAAGAGAACAAGACCAAUACAUGCCAAUAGCAAAUGUGAUAAGAAUAAUGAGAAGGAUUCUUCCAUCACACGCCAAAAUCUCCGAUGACGCGAAAGAGACGAUUCAAGAGUGUGUAUCUGAAUACAUCAGCUUCAUAACAGCAGAAGCAAACGAGCGGUGUCAAAGAGAGCAGAGAAAAACUGUUACAGCAGAAGAUUUGCUAUGGGCAAUGGGGAAGCUAGGGUUUGAUGAUUAUGUUCAUCCUUUAACAUUUUACCUUCAACGCUACCGUGAAAGUGAAGGCGAACCUGCUUCUGUUAGACGCACUUCUUCUCUUGCUAUGCCUCCUCCUCUUCCAAUGCAGCAGCAGCAGAUUCCGUCGUUAUCAUCAAUGCCGGUUCUUAAUAAUAGUAGUAGUAAUAAUAGUGUUUAUGGUUUUGGGUAUGGUUUUGAAUUUGAUCAAGGGUUUGGUGGUGGUGAUGCUAAUCCUUCUUCUUCUGCUGCUGCUGCUUUUGUACCUAACUUUGAUUAUUAUCCUCAUCUCAAACGUGAUAAUAACAUGUGA